UACACCAACUGUGAGUUAAUACGCUUGAAUUGGGCAUAGGAUGGUUUCCGGCCUUAACCAGCACUCCCAGUGCAUUCUCUUGUUCUCCAUUAACUGCGGGUACUUGGUAGCUCCUAGGAGGUGAGGCUGGAUCGACCAGAUUUCUGCAUCAACAGGAUAUACAUAACAAUGGUCAGCCACAAAUGCAUCUAGAAAUUUCUCUGGUAGGCCACCUUCCCCAAUGGGCGCCCAUGUUUGUUCUCUUUCUUAUGGGCCUCCAGAGUUAUGGAUCAGGCUAAAUUUUGGAAUCGAGGCCUAACAUGAGGGCACAUCUAAUGGAUGGAUAGGAUGGCACUUACACGUCAUGGUGGGCCGCACACUUACGUUCGAAAGGAUGAGAUCAUUCCCCCGUUACCUCACAAUUGCAUGAGUUUCCUCACCAUCUCAUCGGUCCGGGUAGAGUUAGGUGGAUAUGAAUUUCCAAGGACCCUGUAUUACAGGAGCCCGUGUGACCAAAAGCUCUGUGCGUGACAUCCACUCCGUUCAUCAGUUUAUAUAGCUUAUAUUAGGACAUGAAACCAAAAAUUAGGCAGAUCCAAGACUCAAGUGGGCCACAUCAUGGGAAAUAGUAGUGAUGGAAACGCCCAUGACUAACACCUUCAUGGGGCCUACCGUUAUGAUUAUAUACUACCCAACCCAAUGAAUCCUAUUUUUGGCAACAGGGCAUGUUUAUCCUGUUGGCCCACCAAAUGAACGAUAUCCAUCUUUCACACGUGCAACGCAUUAGCACGUGUUUCUCGCACCAUACAAAAUGCCAAUCGCUACACACCCAAAAUUCUUGAUUCUCAACCAGUGCAAGACUUUCCAACAGCUAAAACAGGCCCACGCCCAAACCAUCACACAACGACUCAUUUCCCUCAACCCUUCAUUCGUACUUGCCAAAAUCCUCUACUUUUUAACGGUCCUCAACGCUCCAUCAUCACCGUCCAUUCACUAUGCCGACUCCAUCUUCAAUCAAAUCCCAACCCCAUCCACCUUCGCUUACAAUACCAUCAUCCGGGCCCACACCCUCCUCUCCUCCCCACAAUCUGCACUCCUCCUAUUUGUUGAAAUGCGUCGCCUAUAUCUGCUACCUGACUUUCACACCUACCCCUUUGUGCUCAAAACGUGCGCCCGCCUCGCCACGCCCUCGACCGCACGUUCCGUCCACUCCCAAGCGUUGAAAUUCGGCUUCGGCGACCACAUUUACGUGACGAACGCACUGAUCCACGCCUACUCGGACUCGGAUUUGAUGGACGAGGCGAGCCAGGUGUUCGACGAGGCCCGGCAGCGGGACAUCGUGUCUUAUAACACAUUAAUCGCGAGGUACGUUAGGGCCUGGGAGGUGGACAUUGCAUGUGCAAUAUUCGAUGAAAUGCCGGUUAGAGAUUCUGUUUCAUGGGGCACCCUCCUAGUGGGGUACACCCAGGUGGGCCGCUGCAACGAAGGGAUACAACUAUUUGAUGAAAUGCUCGAUUUGGGGGUGCGCCCUGACAAUGUUGCAUUAGUCGGUGCGAUAUCUGCAUGCGCACAGUUAGGCAUGUUAGAUAAGGGAAUGGCCAUCCAUGAUCACAUCAGACGGAUUGGAAUCCUGCCCAAUGUGUUCCUGUCCACGGGAGUAGUUGACAUGUAUGCGAAAUGUGGGUGCAUUGGCAUUGCCAUGGACAUCUUCAAAUCGAGCCAUGACAAGAAUAUCUUCACGUGGAAUGCCAUGAUCGCUGGUUUGGCCAUGCACGGGCACGGCCAGCGGUCACUCGAACUCUUCAUAAAAAUGCAGGAUAUGGAAAGCAUCUACAAUGUUCGUCGUGGUCUAAGCCAUUAUGGGUGCAUGGCUGAUCUGCUUAGGUGGGCUGGGCUGAUCGAAGAAGCGGUGGAGAUGAUAGAGAGCAUGCCAAUGGAGGGUGAUGUGUAUGUGUGGGGGUCUGCUAGGGGGGGUGCAAGAUACAUGGGAAUGUUGAGGUGGCUGAGAUUGCUGCUGGGCACGUGAUGGAAUUGGCCCCUGAUGGUGGUGGGACCUACUCCAUCAUGGUCAACAUCUAUUCUAAGGCAAGGAUGUGGAAAGAUGUGGCUAGGAUGAGGAGGUUGAUGUAUGUGAGGAGAGUGAGGAAGAGUCUUGGGUGUAGUUGGAUUCAAGUGGAUGGUGUGGAUCAUGAGUUUGUGGCAGGGGAGAGGUGGCACCCUCAGAUUGAUGAGAUCUGUUGGGUGUUGGAUGGGAUUGCAAAACAACACGUGAAAGCAUGCCAUUAGACAAUGAGGUUUGUUACAUUCAAAUGGGUCAUACUUCAUCCACAAUCAUGCUAUCCCAACCAUCCAAAGUGGUGAUCUAAGGGUCCAACCAUGAUCCAUCUUGCACUAAAGUUAUACCAUCAAUAUCAAAGACUUUUAGGCCAUGGUCAGGAACAGUGGGGCCUACUUGUACUACUACCUAAAAUUCCAGGUUUGAUGCUUCAUUGGUUUUAUACACCAUCUGGGCCAAGGUUGGUUUUAUGGGGCUCCACUCAGACUCAAUCUGGCCCCCACCUUGAGCUUCAUCAAGAAGUCUUAUAUUGGUAUUGACCAGGAUGGGCUCAUGUGUGUCAGUGCCACUAGGACUUUAUGUCAACAUAGACCAUGGUUUUAAGAACCUAAGAUCCAACCGUGCAUGGGGUUCACCCCCUCAUUUCAUCCUACAUCACACUAAUCAUAGGUGCGAAACCAAGGUGGGACACACCAAUGGAGCAAUGUUUUAUCACACCUAAAACCCACAUAUUCAUGCAGUGUGGCCCACCUGAGUUUUGUGGUGUCCCUUCAUCCUCGUGGGUCCCAUAUGACUAGUUUGGAUGGGAUAUGUUAUUGGUAAAAUGGAGCUAAACAAAUGUAUGAGACCCUCGCUCCAACAAAUGUAUGAGACCCUCUCCAUGGAAUAAGAUAUACACAAAUAUAAGGAUUCUACUACACCAACUGUGAGUUAAUACGCUUGACUUAGGCAUAGGAUGGUUUCCGGCCUUAACCAGCGCUCCCAGUGCAUUCUCUUGUUCUCCAUUAACUGCAGGUACUCA